AUGGAUCAAGUUAAAACAUCAGAGUCAAUUUCUACGAUCCCCUACCCACGCGAUCCGGACUUAUUCGACGCUGGAAAUUGGAUUCAAACAAUCUACGAAAAAUGCUCUUCGCGGCCAGCUAGUGCCAUACUAUUUGGUGAUAGUGGUAUCGGAAAAACAUCUCUUGCCAUCGAAUACACUCAUCGCGUUCGCGAGACAUUCCCAAAAAGAUCGGUAAUCUGGCUCCACGCAGGUAACGCUGCUCGCUUUGAGGAAAGUUGUUCUAGGACUGUCAGUCUCCUGGGGAUUACCGAUGACAAUAAUCCUACCGGUAACAAGUUCAUCCAGCUUUGUAGCUGGCUCCAAGAUGCGGGGAGAGAGGAAUGGGUUCUCGUAUUGGACGGAGCAGACGAUGUCCAUAUUUUCAACAACACAAGCCUCUUAGGCCACUCUUCUGCAAUCAAUUAUCUUCAAGGCUGCACUAACGGAUCAAUCGUCGUUACUACUACUUCCAAAGAGGUCGCGUUGGCAUUUGUUCAGCCUGGGGAUGUUAUUCACGUUACUAAUUCCCCAGAGACCAAUGACUUUAUGAUGCUGGAAAUGCUGAAAAGAAAGAUGACCCGAGAACUUGAUGACAGAGAACUCCACACAGUCAUAGGUACUAUGGAUUCCUUGCCUCUCUCGAUUAUCCAGGCGGCUGCUUACCUUAACUAUCGUGGAGCGGCUUACUCUCUGGAACAGUAUUCGGAAUGCCGUGCUUGUGACCUCGGUAUGCUGGAACUCGAUACGCGGGACACGAAUGGAGAUUAUAAACAUCGGGGUUCAACAUUUGUGCCAUGGCAAUUAUCCUUCGACUAUAUGUUUCAAACUAGACCGUCUGCAGCAGAUCUUCUUUGUUUGGCAAGUUUCUUCGAUAAACAAGCAAUUCCAGAGUACAUGCUACGAAGCCAAUCUUCGGUUAAAGAAACCGAAAAUGCUUUCGCGACAGAUGAGAAUUCAGACACAUCGUCCUUUACCAUUGUCGAUGGAUUUGAAGAUGAUCUCCAGAUGCUGAAAGACCUCUGCUUAAUCACAGCCGACUCAACAGGCAAGACGCUGGAAAUGCACAGCCUCGUUCAAUUUGCAACACAAGAAUGGCUCAAGACAAAUGGGCACUUCGAAAGAUGGCAAAAUGUGUUCCUUGCCAGGAUCUCUGCACAGUUCCCGCCUCCCCAGCCUGAGAAUUGGGAGAAAUGCCAGUCACUCUUCCCACACAUUUAUGCCGCAUUACGUAGAUGUCCUUCAGAAGACUCAUAUACAAUGACAGAAGAAUGGAUUCAACUCGGGCAGAAUGCAACACUAUUUAUCUCCCAGACGGAUGGGGUAUGUGCCGCACCAAACAUCGUACAGCUUUCGAAGGACAUGCAGAGAGCUGCAAGAAAUCGAGAGGAUAUGUCAUACGUCUUGCUCAAAAUGAAAGAUCAUAUGGGAGAAAUUUGCGCAUCUAUUGGCUUCUGGCAAGAAGCAGAGUUGCUCAGCAGUGAAGGGUUGCACCAGAGCAAAGACUUCCUUGGACAGGAGCACCCGGAGACACUGCGUCGAGAAACAAACUUAACCAAGUUGUACAUACAACAAGGCCGAUACCAAGAUGCAGAAACGGGCUACAGAAAGCUUUCAGCAAUAAUGAAGAGAGUGUAUGGCUCCGAGGAUCCAGAAACACUUAUUCAUCUGAGUAAUUUGUCCAUGACGCUAUCAAUGCAGGAGAAAUGGCGUGAAGCAGAAACGCCUCUUCGGCAAGCUGUUGAUGGGAGUAUCCUUGUUCUCGGCGAAGCAAAUCCAGUCACACUGGAACGAAUGAAAAGUUUAGUGAAAGUUUACCUUGCGCGGGGGAAAACUCGAGAAAUGGAGGCAGAAUCGUUGCAAAGUCACGUUGUUGAUAUUUCGAGAGCUGUCUCCGGGGCUGAGCACCCAAGUACGGUGGAUAGUAUGAAUAGCCUCAUAGAUAUGCAUAUUCGGUCGAAACGAUGGCCGGAGGCUGAGGCGCUUCAGUUACAUGUGCUCGAGGCACAGAAAAAGAUACUUGGUCAGGCCCAUCCUAGCACUUUGGCUAGUAUGGAGAACUUGGUUUUUCUUUGUCUUGAGCAAGAGCAGUUGCAUGAUGCCGAGUUUGUGCAGCAGUCGAUCAUACGUAUCUCUGUGGUAAAGCUGGGUCUAGAUCAUUAUUUGACGCGACAGGCUAUGAGCUCGUUAAGGAGUAUACGAAUGAAGAUAGCAUCGUCUCAGGUACCUGAAAACUGGGAUGAUCCAUCGGAUAGUUGUGAUGAGCCCGUGAACUGGGAUAUGGUAUAG